GUGGGGACGUGGACUGGAGGCGUGAGCUAUUGCAGGCUGUCCGCAGUUUGUUUGACAGUGAAAGGGAAUGGCUUCACUCUCAGCUUCAAGCUUUCAUGGCAACCGCUACUCAGAUGGACCUCACCCCUUUGCUGGAUCAGUUAAAGAAACUGUUUCAGAAGCAGGAGGAGCAGCAGUGGAGAUCUCUAGAGCAGCUGUUCAACGCAGACCGUCACAGUCUAUUGGCUGAGGUGCGCAGCCUGCAUGCACAGCUGCAUGCAAGCACCCAGCAGAGCCAGGAGCAGCUGCGGCAGCUGCAGGAUUCCCUACACACCGCAAAAGAACAGGGCAUGGAAACGCAACAUCAGCUGCAUAAAGAUGUUGAAGAGCUGGAGUUGCGGCUGCAACAGGCACAGACAGUGUCGCAUGAUCUGCACUCCUCUCUGGAAGCUGAGAAAGGUAGGGGAUUGGAGGGGCAGAGGCAGUUGGAGGCGGAGCUAAAGGCUGUGUCCGUGCUGAAGGCGGAGCUAGAAGAGACCAGGCUAGAGCUUCAGACUACAUACAAAAAUCAAGAUGAAUUAAAGAGCCAAAUUCACAAGCUCAGGCUAAAGCUGGAAAAUGUUGAGGCUGAACAUCGAGCCUGUCUACAGGCAUUGGAGAAAGAGCAGGCUAGAGUACAGGAACUCCAGGAGGACCUUCAGCAGCAGCGACUCAUCAACCAACAGACAGUUGAGCAAAACCACCAAACACAGGAGGUGAACCAGAGUUUUGAU